AUGGAUCAAGUAGUAACGAGAUUGAAAGAGAUCGUGAAGACUGCAAAUCAUCAAAUUAAUGAUCCAGGUCUUAAUUUUAAUUUCGGCGUUAUUUCUGACAAGUUAUUUUUUAUGUUGCAGUACUUUUAUAAGAUGUAUUCUUCUACAAGUGAACCUGAAGAGUCUUUGGAACAGCCAACUGAUUCUUAUGCUUCAAGUAGUUAUGACAAGGAAGAGUCGACUGAAUAUGUAACAAUAGAAUCAGAUAGGCAACAAGAUUCGAUUAAUAUUAAUGAUGACGCAUUGCAAGAAGAUCUAUCAAAAUCCGAUCAGACUUUUACAGAAGAGUCAACUGAACUUGCAACGAUAGGAUCAAAUGAGCAUCGGGAUCCGGAUAAUAUCAUAUCGCAGGAACAUUCAUCUCAACCCGUUCAGAAUAUUGUAACGAGAAGCUCAGCCGAAUAUGCAACAAUAGGAUCAGGUGGACAACCGGAUUCAAAUAAUGAGUCAAAGUUUGGUGACGUUAAUUGGUGA